AAAUAUUGGAUAAGCAUCUCCCGGAAGUGCGCAAUAUGUUACAAGAAAAAGACUUUAUGACACUUACUGAAGAAGAUAUAAGUUUGAAAGGAAAGGAAAAAAGAAGUUCUGAAGGAGGAAGAGAAAAUAGAUGUAAUAAAUGA